AUCAUCUUCCUCUCUUCACCUAUUAUAAUUUUGUUUGUUGUGCAAGAAAUAGAGAUAAAAAAGAUGAACUUGAGAUUGUCUCUUCUUCUGAUCUUCUUCUUGGUUAAAUCAAAUCAAGGUUCCAUCUUCAAGACCUUCUCUGGUGUUCUCUCUCCCAAUUCUCAUCCUUCCUCAGUUGUUUUUCCUCUCUCCGGCAAUAUACUAUUCGGUCUCUCUUCAAAUAGAGAAUCCUCCAAAAGUCUUUCAAUUGGUAUUGAUACUAGUAGUGAUCUCACUUGGGUUCAAUGCAAUGCUCCUUGCAAAGGCUGCACUGUGAUUCAUUCUUCUUUCAAAAACAAACUCUUCUGUGCUUAUUCUCAUCUCUACUUCCUCCUUCACUUGUAUAUGCUUAAGGGAAAUAUUGUCCCCUGCUCAGACCCAAUCUGCUCAUCUCUUCACUGGCCUAAAAAGCCUGAAUGCCCAAACCCGAAAGAACAAUGCGACUACGAAGUUACUUAUGCUGAUCAAGGUUCAUCAAUGGGUGCACUUGUCAUUGACCAGUUUUCUUUAAAACUCCAACAUGGCUCGUUUUUGCAACCCCGCUUAGCAUUUGGGUGCGGUUAUGAUCAGAGUUUUCCUAGUGCACAUCCUCCUCCCGCGACUGCCGGAGUUUUGGGCCUUGGGAGAGGAAGAAUCAGCGUCUUGACACAGCUUGUCUCCGCUGGACUAACGAGAAAUGUGAUUGGACAUUGUUUAAGCUCUAAUGGUGGAGGCUUCUUGUUCUUUGGAGACAAUCUCAUUCCUUCCACUGGUGUAUCAUGGACACCAUUAAUGUCACAAGACAACCACUACACGACGGGACCAGCAGAGCUACUUUUCAACGGAAAGUCAACAGGAUUAAAAGACCUUAAACUCAUAUUUGACUCUGGAAGCUCCUACACUUACUUCAACAGCAAGACAUACCAAAAAAUAGUAAAUCUGAAAACUGGGAACGUCUGCUUGGGAAUACUAAAUGGAAGUGAAGUAGGAUUACAAGACUCCAACGUAAUCGGAGGGGUUAUGAUGAUCUACGACAAUGAGAAGCAACAACUCGGAUGGGUUUCUGCUGAUUGUAAUAAAAUUCCCAAAAUAUGA